AUGGACCACCACUCAAAGGAGGAAGCCGUCAUCCGUGAUGCUAUGGCCCCGGAUGUACUGGAGGCGGUCGUCGGCGGACUCCGCACACCGAAGUUCGUGGACGGAUCCAAGCAAGAAGCCGUCGUCCGCGAUGCUGCUUCUACCUCGGCGGAUACAGUGGAGACAGGCACACAGAACGCAAUGAUCUUCUGGGACGAGGUAGACGACGAUGACUACUGGAUUCAGCAGGAGGAUGUGGAUGUGGCACAGGUCGUCAAUCCUUGGCUAGACUUCCUCAUGGCCACAGUCGCACCCGAAACGGCGGCACUCCUCCGCACCAUUCAUGCCAACACCAACAUUUUCAACGUUGGCGCCCAUGUCAAUGCUAAUAACCAGUUUGCUGCCCAGACAAGGACUGAAGCAUCAGCGACGGCGAGGCCGAGUGCUCCUGUCAACUCAACUAUCUUCGCCGGUAGUACGGAGGAAGAGGACGGCAAUGAGUGGUACAAGUCCAUCGCCCGUGACGCUCAAAGGCUGGAGCAGAUGGAGGAGCCAGAAAUCCAGGAGAUGUAUUCCCCGCUGCAACUUCCCGGCAGGUCCGAGUCCGAGGCACCACCAAAGGAGGAGCACUGCGGUCACAAGCGUCCCUCUGCCGGCGAAGACGGACGCGAGCUGACCCUGGAAGACUACUGCAAGAUAUGGGGCGUCCACCCAUCCGAGCUUGACCCAGACGAACCUGGCCCGUCGACGAAGAGGCAGAGCAGGGUGCCCCCUCUCACGGACGACGAGGUCGCCAAGUUCGACUGCGGCAUCUGCCUGGAGACGCUCCCCAUCCUGGACCUCUUCCACGGCAUGCAGUGCGACCACAAGUUCUGCGCGCAGUGCAUGGCCACCUACAUCGAGGGCAGGAUCCGCGACGGCGGCGUCUCCAUCCUGUGCCCCGACCCGGCGUGCAAGGAAGCAGCUGGAGAGGGCGGCAACAAUGGCGGCGGCGUCCUGAACCCGGAGCACUGCAAGAAGUCCAUCGACUUCGCCGCCUUCUGCAGCUGGGGUGACCGGCUCACCGAGAAGGCCAUCCCGCAGGACCAGCGCGUCUACUGCCCGAACCCCAGGUGCGGGCUCAUGCUUGAGAGGACCUUGGGCGCCAAUAAGGCACCGUGCAAGGCGCCGUGCCCGGCGUGCAACCACCCCAUGUGCACGACGUGCGGCUUGGGCUGGGUCAUCGAUGGCCGUGAUGAUGACCACCACGACUGUGACGAGGGGAAAGGGGCAGCGCUCGUCAAGGAGCUUGCAGCCCGGCGCCGCUGGAAGCAGUGCCCCAGUUGUAAGAUUGUGGUCGAGAGGAUCAUGGGGUGCGAUACUAUGCACUGCAGAUGCGGAAGUCUCUUCUGUUACAAAUGCGGGCGCCCGAUGGCCCCGAUGGAAGCCGGGCUGGACGAAGAAGCCGAGCUGUGCCGAUGCCGCCACAACGUCUUUCGUCUCCGCGUCCCCCGCCCCCAGCCCGGAGCUCAUCAGACAAACCUAAACCUCAAAUAG